GGGUUUUAGACCGGCCGGCUUCGCUGCUUACUCCGUUCAACCAGGAAUCAAUUUUGUGCCUAUCUUCCUCCUCCGCUGAUAAUAAUGGCCGCAGCAACUCUUGCACGGAAGUUCGUUUUCCGCUGCACUCCGUCUUUAUCUCUCCCUAAAUCCAUUCAGCCUUCUUCUCUCUCCCGCUUCCGGCCGACAAUUCCAAAGCCGCCGUCUUUUCAUCGAUUGGUGCCCCGCCCAUGCUUUUUGAGGAAUGGAAUCGGGUUUUGCACAACCGCCGAGACACCCGUCUCGUCCGACGCGCAACCCCCUCCGAAGCGUAACACCUUGGUGAACUUCUCCUUAUCGGAUUCGGACUCGGAUGGUGAAUCGGACGGGGAGGAGGCGAAUAAAAGUCCGGCGGCGAAGACGAUUGAUAAAUCGAGGCUUCCCCCUCCGUACGAUCCGUUUAACAAAAAACCAGUCAUAGAGGAGCCCGAUGACCCGAAGAACCUACAGGAGGUGUUCCACAAAAUUCGCUCCGACGGACUGAUCAACAAUGCAGUCAAGAUGUUCGACGGAUUGUCUAAGGACGGUUUGACGCAUGAAGCGCUUGAGCUUUUCUCCAUCAUCAAAGACAAGUCCGAAAUGCCGGACGUGGUGGCCCACACGGCGGUGAUUGAGGCCUACUGCGACGCCGGCCAGCCCAAAGAAGCCCACAAAGUGUAUCAGCGGAUGCUGGUCUCCGGCGUACUGCCCAACGCGUACACUUACAGCGUGCUGAUCAAGUCACUGGCCACCAGCGGUGAUCCGAAGCUGGCGAAGGAGGCGAAGAAGUAUGUAAUAGAGAUGGUGGAGAAGAGAGGGAUGAAGCCGAAUGCCGCCACGUGUGUCCGGAGCUUCGAGGGGUUGGUGCAGGUGGGCAUGGAAGAUGAGGGAAAGGAGUUGCUGGAAAUGAUCAAGAAGCGAGGAGUUGUGCCUGAAGAGGGUGGAAUGAGAGAAGUGUUGAAGAACAAGAGAGGGCCAGUUUAUAGGACAUUGAUGAGCAUUCUCUAUGGAAAAUGAUGAAUUGUGGAGGUCUUUGCCCCUUUCUGUCACUUCUUCCUGAAUGAUAUAUUUGAUCAUUUCUUCUGUGUCAAUCCGACUUUUGCAAGAGAAAACACAUUACCACAAGUUUUUUACUUGUUCUUGUGACAAUCUAAAGUCAACAAAGUUAGAAGUUAACAAUUACUCGUCAAUAAUUUUUUUGAGCACCUAAUGAGGAUGGUAGUCUGGAAGUAAAUCAUUGGUUCUACGUAUUAACUAUUAACUUAAAACAUACGGAUUGUAUGUUAACUUUGUCACACUCUAUGUGCU